CUCGCACCGCAACUUAUCGCAAGAGCAGGCACGGGCUCCGUCCGUGCGUGGUAAAGGCUGGCUAGUUUGUGCAAGUGAACAAGCCAACUAAACAAACAUCAACAACGCUGUUUGUUGUGUUGUGUUGCUAAUACUGCAGUGUUAUGGAACCCAUACGCACUUGGGUGUGAGUGCGUUCUUUUGUGUGUGUCGCUAAGUGGUGUUAUCUCGGCGCAUUGCCCGAAAUUCGUUGACAAAUUUCAAACCCCAAACGUGUGCACCGGGUGGUGUUGCUGGUGCUUCCAAUUGUAUUCUAAUUAGAUUAAAAAAGGUACCUGUGCCGAGAGUGCAGCGCGUGCAGGUGUGGUGGCUAAGUUCUUCGCACCUGUGUUUGAUCGAUCGGUUUGCCGUGUGGCAGCAGUGUGUCGUGGGCGAAUAAUUAACGGUACGCCCGCCCAGAAUUGGUGCAGGAUCGCAGGAAGAAGCGAAGAAGCAGGAGAAGGAAGGAAAAAUCGCCUUCCUUCUCCGGAACGGUCGUACGGACACUUGGCCCCGUUUUGCGGCGCGAAUGCGGUGUAAGAAUGAAUGGUCCGGAAGGAAAAGUGCAGAAAAAGCUACGGCCACCAUUGUGGGUUGUUGUCGCGGCAGUCUGUUCGCCAACUCCGAUCGCGGACUGAAGAGAUCGAUCGCUGCGGUACGGCGGGGCUGGUAAAGAGAAAGAUUCGCACCCAAACCACCGUCCGUCGUGCGCCCCACGGUCCUGUACCUGUUUGGCACAAACGUGCGUACAUCAGUAGUGUGUGUGUGUGUGUGUGCGCCCGUGUCUGUGAAUGUAGGUUGUAGCUUACCGGGCAGGGUGGAAGAAACGACAAGAAGAAAAGACGGGUGAAGGUGCAUCGAGUAACCCCCGAGAUAGCUUUGCCAUCCAAGAAGUGAAAGAGAGCGAGAGUCUGACAGAGAGCGUGCAAGAGCGAGAAAGAGAGAAAAGGGAAGCGAAAAGCACAACAGCAGCAGCAGCAGCAGCAGCAGAAAAAGCUGGUUUCACCCAGGUAGAAGAGUAGGCGCAAAGAAGUUUCGACCUGGUUGAGCUGCUUAGAUUGAUUCGUGUGUGUGUGUGUGUGUGUGUGGUAGUGUUGGUCGUCUUGCAUGCGCGGGGCGCGGUAUGCGCGUGUGUGUGUGAGUGUGUAUGCGCUGGUCAGUAGAAAGAAGAAGCCCUGAAGAAAGGGUGAUCGGGUUUGUUUGCCUGUACGCAUCGAAGUCGCCGUGACCGUUCUAGCGGUUGUCCCGCAUAUACGCGCGCGCGUGUGUGUUUGUGCGUGUUGAGCAGGAAUAAAGCAAAAGUGGUUGAAUCGUCAACGAAAAGGGGGGACACCUUAUCCCACCAGUGUGUUUGGUCGUUUGGCAGUGUGUGUGUGUGAGUGUGCGCGCGUCUGUUUCUUGUUCUGCAGUCUCGUUCUUAGUGCGGUGAAGAAAUCGAGUGUUCCGUUCUGUUGUUUUCAAAAGGUACGCAAAAUUAUCGUCAUCGCGCAAAGGAGGAGGCUGUCUGUGGUGAGGUGGUGGUACCGCCAACACACAACGCCCCCCGGUGGGUGUCGCUGCACAGCCCACGCUGGCGUAUUUUCGGUGCAGCAGCAAUCGGUCGGUACCGUGUCAAGGGUCGUGCGACGAGGUGUCACGGGCUGUAUCUCUGCCCUCCCCCUUUCCCCGUAAAGCCGACUCACCAGGAACAUACUCACACCAGCGCAGGAGAGAAACGCUUUGCCAGAAAGUGGACUGUGUGACGUGUGCGGCAACAACAGCACCAGCAACACACUCCAACCUCAGCAGUGAGUGGAAGAAGUUUCCAGAGGCAGCAGAGGAAACCGGAAUACCGGACAGGGCAGACACACGGGCAGUGGAGCAGAAGAAGAAGCGGAAGAAAACAUCGAGCGGACGACGACGGUGCAGAGUAUCCCCUUCUCGUCGUGCCAGCAAAAUCCAGACCCAGACCGGACGGACGCGAAAACGGAGGGCAAAGAAUAUUCAUCCCUUUGAAUGAGCGGCGGCUCGCGGUGUGCCGUGGUCUCCAUUAGCAACGUCAACGUAUAGUAGCAGACAGACACACACACACGCAGAGACACAACGACGCGGAAGAAAAGGGCAGUUGCGGGAUCGCGAAAUUCGCCAUUCUUCUUCUGCCGCUGCUGCCACUGUUUCUGCCGAUUGCCAGCUCCUGGUUUCGGCGGUGCGGAUAGUUGAGGGAAAGGUUGUCGAUCCGUUCGUUCGGGCCCAAAAAUGUUGCGAUUCCUCAGCCGGCGCAAGGGGCGCAGUGCUGCGGCCGACACGGUCGACAGCCAGAUCAAGUCGCAGCGCAUCCCGACGAACAAGAAUUUGAUCCCGUGUCGCGUGAUACUGCUGGACAACACGGACCUACCGGUGGAUCUUACGAAAAAAGCGAUGGCCAGCGAUCUGUACGAGCAGGUUUUCUAUUCUCUGGAUCUGAUCGAGAAAGAUUACUUCGGGCUGCAAUUUACCGACGCGAACAACGUCAAGCAUUGGCUCGAUCCGACCAAGGCAAUAAAGAAGCAGGUGAAAAUCGGACCACCGUACACGCUGCGCCUGAAGGUCAAAUUCUACUCAUCGGAACCGAACACACUGCGCGAGGAGCUGACGCGGUAUCAGUUUUUCCUGCAACUGAAGCAGGACCUACUAGACGGCAGAUUGGAAUGUCCCGAUCCGCAGGCCUCGGAGCUAGCUGCAUUAGCGCUGCAGUCGGAAUUGGGAGACUUUGACGAAACUGUGCAUUCUGCUGCCACCGUGUCCGAGUUUCGCUUUGUGCCGAAUCAAACCGAAGAGCUGGAAAUUAUGAUACUGGAGGAGUACAAGAAGUGCCGCGGCUUAACGCCCGCCCAGGCAGAGACGAGCUUUCUCAACAAAGUCAAAUGGCUGGACAUGUACGGCGUUGAUAUGCAUACCGUUUUGGGUAAAGACGGUUGCGAGUAUCAUCUCGGUCUGACGCCGACCGGCAUCCUCGUGUUCGAGGGCAUUCAGAAGAUCGGCUUGUUCUUCUGGCCAAAGAUCGGCAAGCUGGACUUCAAGAAGAAGAAGCUCACGCUGGUGGUCGUGGAGGACGACGACCAUGGCCGGGAGCAGGAGCAUACGUUCGUGUUCCGCCUGCACAACGAGAAAGCGUGCAAGCAUCUGUGGAAGUGUGCGGUCGAGCAUCAUGCGUUCUUCCGGCUGCGGGCGCCGGUAAAGGGCCCGUCGGCCCGGCAGAACUUUUUUCGCAUGGGCUCGCGGUUCCGGUACUCGGGCAAGACGGAGUUUCAGACCACGCAGCAAAACCGGGCCCGGCGGACGGUGCAGUUUGAGAGACGGCCCUCGCAACGCUUCGCCCGCCGCCAGUCGCACGUGCUACGCGAGCGCCAAAAGCAACUGGUACCACCAUCGUCCUCUGCCGACCUGCUGCACCAGCAGCAGACUGUCGCUCACGCUGCCACCAUCAUUGGAACCACCGCCAGCUGUUCUUCGGCUGAUGAGGGCCAGCAUUCCACCUCCGGCACAUCGACUCCAUCCGCGAACACGGUGAUACACAACCACAUGCCGGGCUCGGGCAGUAGCACCUCCGACAUUGCACUCGGUGGCGGUGGCGGCAGCGGUGGCGGCAUGCUAUCGUCGGGUGGUGGAGGAGCGGGCUUACUGUCCGUGGGCCUAAUGAAUGGCAAUCUGCCCUCGUUGAGUUCGAACAAAUCCAUCUCUUCGAGUGAAGAUGUGGCGUACGGUGGAAAGAUGGGUUCGUUCGGCAAGGCGGGUCUGUCGCACAUUGCCUCCGGUGCCCGGUAUGAUGGUGCGGAGAUGGGCAAACUGCCCGCCGUCGAGCACGAAAUGAGUACCUUUGGAAGGUUUGGUGGUGGAGCCGCUCACCACGGUGGCUCGUUCGGGAAGGCGUCGAUCAGCUCUGGCUUUAGCAUCCACACGACGACGUCGUCCGACCGCGACAGCCAAAUCGACACGCUGUUGAAGACGAUCGCUAAGGACCCGUCGCCCUCGCUGCACGGUGUGGAGCUGAACGAUGCUAGUAGCUUUAAGAUCACAAUCAACAAGACUUCCGAACUGGAGACUAACAACGACACGCUGAAGAAGCUGGCAACGACGCCGCACGCGGAGAAGCCCAAUAAUCAGAUAAAGCUGUCGAACAGCGCGGCAGCGGCCGCCGGUGGUGGCGUCCCGCUGCCUCCAGGACAAAUCAAGUGCAAUAUUUUGAAAGCACGCGUGGAGGAAGAAUUGCAUCCGAAGCUUACUAAUCAUCAACUGUACGUGCCGAGCCAGCCAUUACACGAGGGUCCGGAAUCGUUGAAUGCAGCUACAUUCGUCUCGGUGGGUGGCGACAAGCUAACAUUAAAUCUAACCGGUACGACAACUAUCCCUACGGGUGGUAGUGGCCAUACUACGAUUACAACCAUGAUCGCUUCGCCGGGUGCAGUGGCCUCGCGUACGGCCACAUCGCCGACUGGAGGAGGUGUAAGUAGCAGCUGCUUCUUACCCGGGCCGCAGAUAACGACCUCCUCCGCAUCCGCUGGUGGCGUCGCCGGAGGAGCCAGCCAGAUGAGCACUGUAGAGUCUCCCACCCUGCCGUUUACCAACGGAAUCGCCGCUCUUCCGGCACCAUCCCUGACGACUGACACCGUUACGGUGACACAUUUCUCCGAGCAGAAGGGUGGCGUGGUGGAGAAGAUCAGUGUCCCCACCAACUCGCCCACAUCGUCACCGAUCGGUGGGUCGUUGGUUACAAUGGAUGCGGGCGAAACGGCGGACGUCGAUAAGAUGCUGCGAACCAAUGCUAACAAUCCGUUCCUGAACAUGUCUAAUCCAUCGUCCCCGGUGCGUACGAAGUCGACCAAUCCGUUUCACAAUUUGUCCGGUGCAUCCUCUUCGCCUCCACCCGCUGCUGAGCUGGUAGAGGUCGAGCAGGAUCGGCUAGCAGAGCCGUCGUCCGCUGAUGUUAGCGACGAGAAGAGAAUGUCGUCGCCAAUCGUACGUGUGAGCGAGUUCAAGAACAGCAAUCCCUUCAAGAUGGAUGAACCCGAAGUGGUGGUUCGUGAUGCAAAGGAUGUGCUGAAAACGGGAACGCCGCAUGGAACGUCCUCAACAAAUGGGGAUGCUGCGUCGGUGGGAUCGCUGGGAACAGCGGCUGCAACAAAGUUGGCCGUCGAGCGGGAUGUAAUUGAUAGCAACGGUGUGGCAACUACCACCACUGCCACUGUUAUAUCAUCUGCCACUGCUAAUACCGCAACAAUGAAGGAUCGAAUGAAGGAAAAUAUCAAACCAUCGCCUAUGGACAUAUCGCCAUGGUUAGUGUCGUCCGAUGUGGUCACUGGUCCGACCAAGCCCAAGGAGGCAACGAUUAUUCGAAAAUCGGUCAUUACAACGCAGUUGUAACGAAAAAUCGUCCUUAAGAAUCGAUGUAGGUAGGAACAGUUAAGGUUGGUAGGGAUCCAUAAUGUUAGGCGCUUAUUUUAUGUGUGCAUGAGGGAUCGAACAUUCCUGCCGCUAUGAAUAUUUUAAUCCCUUGGUUUGCAAUAGAUUUUUGCUCGUUCAUUAGAUGAGAGCAAAAAUGGUACUUAACACGGCGAAGCACGAAUGUAUUGUGGUGACUGACGAUUGAAAAUGGUCCACUAAGGAGGAUGCUGAUAGGACGAUACAUUUUGGUAGUGUAUGUCACUGACAAACAGUCAAACACUGUUAGGGUGCUUCUUCUUAUGUUGUGUUGUUGUGAAGCCGAGAAAAUAAAAGGAAUGCCGCAUUAGUAUUAGAUGUGAUCUCAGUACAUUCCACUGUGGUGAAAACGGUCCGAUGUUUCGUCUCGACUGAAUUGCACUCGUUCCUCACCGCAAACACGCCAGCUACUGAACAGUAUGUAAUAUGAUACAACGAAUUUUAAACAAUGAAUAGAAGCUAGAUGGUUCACAGCAUAGUGCAAACGCGAUUGUGUGGUGGCAGCAUUACAUUCAUUACGGUGAUCGUAAAUAUGCUUCCACAACGCUAUGGUAGUAAAGCAAUGUUCAAUUUUCGGUCAUUUUAUUUUGCUUUUUUGGUUCUGUGCUUGAACAUGAUGUAGCAUUGUCUUCAAAAGGUAUUACAAAAAAGUCACCUUACACACUUAGUGACGAUCGAAGCAGAAAGGAUGAGUGGGAGGCACGUUUUGUAUGCAUUUGAAAUAUCUCAGUGUAGAAAUUGCUUCGGCGUGUUGUUGUAUGUAAGUAGUAGAUGCAAUUGAGCAGGAAAAAAAUACAUUAGAAGAUUGCUAGCAAACUCGGUUUGAAACGAUAAUUAAUCAAAAGCUGACAUAGUAACUAUGUGUGUGCCUCUGUUGUGUGAGCGGAAUGUAGCGGAAAAUGCUGACAGCUAGUAUACAUGAUUUUAAUACCUGAACUGUUUGAUGGAGAGAAUUUAUUCGAGUUGUUGAAUAAAAAAUUGGAUAAUUUAUAUGA